GCAUAUUUUUCUCUGAAUGUUAUUAGCAAUUAUGUAUUCUCCUUUAAUGAAUAUAAACCAAUUUAAAUAACUUACAGCUUCUAUCAAAGCACAUAAACUGGAUUUUACAAUGUAGAGCAAUUUAUGCGACAAAGCCAGCACUCUGAAGCAAAGAAAAGGAGUACUAUAGAAAUGAAUGUGCGACUAAAUAAAGGAUGCUACAUACAUUUUUGGAGCCAAAAAUCAGCUCUCUCUAUUUUUAUUUUUAUUUAUCCUGGAAAAUAAAAGUAUGCUGCCAUAAGAUGCAAAGACAGAAGGAAAUUAGCAUAACUUAAAAGAAGAUCUCUUUUACUGGUGGCUUUAAAAAGGAGAACAAAAAGAAUCCCAACAAAUGACAUGCACUGGUACACAGAAAUAUUACGUGCAAUUAAAUCCUUUUGUGUAAUCAACAAAUAUUGCUGCUGAAGUGCUGGAAACAAAAAGAAAGGGAAAAAAAACAAAAGGGAAAAGGAUUCUGGUAAGGCAUGAAAUAGAGCACAGCUACAACUCGGUUGCCAAGUGAAAAUUCAUGUAAAAAAAAAUCUGUCAGUGACACCAUGUAUCAAUAUAUGACAAGCUGCUACAGUGAGCUGAAAGGCCCUUGAGGCAACAGAAAACAGGACAAAAGCCAACUGCAACUAAAGAAUGUGUUUCUCCCCCAUUCUGGAAGUCAACAUGCAGUCUGAAUCUAACAUUACAGUUCGAGAUGCCAUUGAUGACAUCAACACCAAUAUGUACCAACCACUAUCAUACCCAUUAAGCUUUCAAGUUUCUCUCACUGGAUUUCUGAUGUUAGAAAUUGUGUUGGGACUUGGCAGCAACCUCACUGUGCUGGUACUUUACUGUAUGAAAUCCAACUUAAUCAAUUCUGUCAGUAACAUUAUUACAAUGAACCUUCAUGUACUUGAUGUAAUAAUUUGUGUGGGAUGUAUUCCUCUAACUAUAGUUAUCCUUCUGCUCUCACUGGAGAGUAACACUGCUCUAAUCUGCUGCUUCCAUGAGGCUUGUGUGUCCUUUGCAAGUGUUUCGACUGCAAUCAACGUUUUUGCUAUCACUUUGGACCGGUAUGAUAUCUCCGUAAAACCUGCAAAUCGAAUACUGACAAUGGGAAGGGCUGUGAUAUUAAUGACGUCAAUAUGGAUUGUCUCUCUUUUCUCCUUCCUUAUCCCUUUCAUUGAAGUCAAUUUUUUCAGUCUUCAAAGUGCAAGUACAUGGGAAAAUAAGACGCUUUUGUGUGUCAGCACAAACGAAUACCACACCGAACUGGGAAUGUACUACCACCUUCUAGUUCAGAUUCCAAUCUUUUUUUUCACUGUUAUAGUAAUGCUAAUUACAUACACCAAAAUACUUCAGGCUCUUAAUAUUCGAAUUGGCACAAGAUUUACGACAGGGCAAAAGAAAAAAGCUAGAAAGAAAAAAACUAUUUCUUUGACCACACAACAUGAGACUACUGAUGUGUCACAAAGCAGCGGAGGAAGAAAUGUAGUCUUUGGUGUAAGGACUUCAGUUUCAGUAAUAAUCGCCCUACGACGAGCUGUAAAGCGACACCGUGAACGACGGGAAAGGCAAAAGAGAGUCUUCAGAAUGUCCCUCUUGAUUAUUUCAACAUUUCUUCUCUGCUGGACACCAAUUUCUGUUUUAAACACUACAAUUUUAUGUUUGGGCCCAAGUGACCUUUUGGUAAAGUUAAGAUUAUGUUUUCUAGUUAUGGCCUAUGGAACAACGAUAUUUCACCCUCUACUUUAUGCAUUCACUAGACAAAAAUUUCAGAAGGUCCUGAAAAGUAAAAUGAAAAAACGAGUCGUUUCAAUAGUGGAAGCAGAUCCCAUGCCGAAUAAUGCUGUAAUACACAACUCAUGGAUAGAGCCUAAAAGGAACAAAAAGAUUACUUUUGAAGACAACGAAGUAAGGCAGAAAUGUUUAGUACCUCAGGUUGUCACUGACUAGAUUUCUGUAUUCACCCAAUCACCCAAGAGAAAUACAUGAACAAAUUGUAGAAAAUACUGCCAAAUAAGGGAAACUUUUUAAAGUAUUGGCUACACUGUAAAUUUUCAGUAUACAUGUUAAAUAGAGGAGGCCAUGUAUAGUCAAUUUAUUCAUUACUUAAGAUAUAUGUUGCAUGGCAGUUUGUUAGAAUAACAUCAUGUGUAUAUCUGUCAAAAAGAUAUUCUUGUUAAGUCAUAUUUUUUAGAAAAUAAAUAGCCUUAAAGCUG